AUGGCCAAUUGCACCUUUGUGACAGCUCUAGGUGAAUGUAGUCAGCCAGCUGCUCAAGGUUUUUGGUCCCCAGGCCAUAUUUCAGAGACCCCUUCUGAUGCAAACAACUCGUCAGCAAGUCCAUGGGCUUCUCACCUUUCAGCGAACAUCACAGCGCCUAGUCCACCACAGUGGUCUCCAGUCUCCACUACCAACAGCCUGAGGGCUACACCUACUGACACCCCAACCCAUGCAGCAGCUGGCAGAAGUCAGUCAUCAGACCAAACUGGAUUUCAACACACACCACAAGUAUAUGACACACAACACAGGUCUUCUCGGGAGGGUGUGCCUACAGCAAUUGCUAAAGAGAUCCUCAUCCAGCUCGAUUCUAUUAGAGAGCAGCAGUUGCUCAUCCUGGUGCAGCUCCAAAAAAUCUCCAGCAGUCAAGCAGUUCCAGACUUCACGCCAGACCCAACACAUUUUGGGCUCCCACUUUCAACUAUUGAAGAGUUACAAUGUUUGGAGGAGACAUUAAAGAAUCCAGAGGAAAAGAAGAAUUUGACUGUUCUUCUUGGAAUGGUCGGAGGUAUGACUCUUAAAGACACCGUGGGGCGGGUCCUGAAAAGGACAAUGGACUCUUCGCUGGCGAGACUCAUUAAUUGGAGUGGGGCCAACCGAAAGCCUGCAUUCAAAGGGCUCACUUUGAAAAGUGUGGUUCUUGAUGCAGUCCGCCGGAAUGCCCUGACCAAAGACAAUACAGAAAAGGAGAUAGAGCUCCUCAUCACCAGGUGGCUGCAGCUAGCAUCUGAUAGGGAUGGUGGCCGAAGCCAGAGGGCGAAUAGACAGACAACAAAUUAA